AAAUCGGAGUCGGUUGAAGAAUACACUGAAGGACAAGGGAUGGUUGUCUCAAGUGACAAUGAAAAUGUAGUAGAAGAGCCUUUGAAGUACGAAGUAAAUGAAUAUCCAACGAAGUAGUUUGGAGCUGCAGAGAGUCGAGAUUUCUCCUAUUUGGUUGAUGUCUUAACCGAGGCAGGUUUUCAUAGUAGAAACCCAGAUAUACUCUUUAACAGAUGGUACGGCCCUCUCCAGAAACUCCAAUAAGCCCGUCGGUUUUCGAGACACUAGAGAAGAAGUACGGUGAACAAAUAUCUUGGAAGAGAUCGGCGAGGACGCUACUUUUCGACUGCAUAAAUUCGAGUCUAAUAGAAAUUCUGCAGCCAUGUUUAGGAUACCCCAUGUGGGCAAAACCUGUCGCAAGAAGGCUUAGCUAUUUGCAGAGCUCAAAAGAAAUCGAGGAAGAGCUAUACAAGUUGUUGGUUAGCCAAGAAAAGGAAGCCGAAAAUGAAGUAAAGAAGGACUCAGCAGAGAAAGUUAUCGGAAAAGACGUUGAAUGGUUAUCCUUAGGAUACGAUAUCGAAUCAAUCUCAAUAGAAAUAGAGAAUUCAUUGAUUGAUGAACUAGCGGCAGAGAUUGUUAGCCUAUAGAGUUUUUUUUUUCUUUCAAAAUAUAGUUUUCCCCUCAUGGUUUUGGCACACUUUUACAUGCAUCAUCAAAACAAAAAAAUGAGUUGUUUCUUUUUCGAUUUUUCGCAUUCAAAUGUCGCAUUAGCAUGUCAAAGAGGAAGUGAGAGAGACAUAUGCAGGAAAAUUUUU